AAUUCUACAUCGGGAUCUUACUGGGUUUUUUUUUAAACAUUAAAUUCGUAAAUUCCCAAAGAAAAAAAAAAAAACUCGAUACCUUUUGUUUUACAAAGUCGUCACAAUUCUGAAACCCUUAAUUGAAUCCAAGAGAAUUUUUGAUUAAAUUAAGUCUCUGGACCCUGAAGUCCCCACACAAGCAAGCUUCGAUGGAUCCCAAGAACCUAAAUCGUCACCAAGUACCAAAUUUCUUGAACCCACCACCACCACCGCGAAAUCAGGGUUUGGUAGAUGAUGAUGCUGCUUCUGCUGUUGUUUCCGACGAGAAUCGCAAACCAACAACUGAGAUUAAAGAUUUCCAGAUCGUGGUCUCUGCUUCCGACAAAGAACCAAACAAGAAGAGUCAGAAUCAGAACCAGCUUGGUCCUAAGAGAAGCUCUAACAAAGACAGACACACUAAAGUCGAAGGUAGAGGUCGACGAAUUCGGAUGCCUGCUCUUUGUGCUGCUAGGAUUUUUCAAUUGACUAGAGAAUUGGGUCAUAAAUCUGAUGGUGAAACUAUCCAGUGGCUGCUUCAACAAGCUGAGCCAUCGAUUAUUGCAGCUACUGGUUCAGGAACUAUACCGGCCUCUGCUUUAGCUUCUUCAGCUGCAACCUCUAACCAUCAUCAAGGUGGGUCUCUUACUGCUGGUUUAAUGAUCAGUCAUGACUUAGAUGGUGGGUCUAGUAGUAGUGGUAGACCAUUAAAUUGGGGGAUUGGUGGCGGUGAAGGAGUUUCUAGGUCAAGUUUACCAACUGGGUUAUGGCCAAAUGUAGCUGGGUUUGGUUCUGGUGUGCCAACCACUGGUUUAAUGAGUGAAGGAGCUGGUUAUAGAAUUGGGUUUCCUGGUUUUGAUUUUCCUGGUGUUGGUCAUAUGAGUUUUGCAUCUAUUUUGGGUGGGAAUCAUAAUCAGAUGCCUGGACUUGAGUUAGGCUUGUCUCAAGAAGGGAAUGUUGGUGUUUUGAAUCCUCAGUCUUUUACUCAGAUUUAUCAACAGAUGGGUCAGGCUCAGGCUCAAGCUCAAGGUAGGGUUCUUCACCAUAUGCAUCAUAACCAUGAAGAACAUCAGCAAGAGAGUGGUGAGAAAGAUGAUUCUCAAGGCUCAGGUCGUUAAAAGGAUUGGGUUUUUUUUUGUAUCUUCUGGAUUUGAAAAAGCUUUUGGCUUUUGUUUUGUGAUAAUAUUGUUGUAAUUUGUACCACCAUGGAGAAGAAAAAGAAAAGGUUAUAUACUGAGUGAGAGUGAUAAUCUAUACUUAUUGAAACCUCUGCAAAAACACAAGGUGGAGUUUGUUGAAUACACACAGCCAGAGAUUUUUUUGUUUGGAGUCUUUAAGUUGCAGAGAGGCUUGUUUUUACUUGUUCUGAGUUUUGUUGCUUUUGAAUAUCAAGAAACCGGCUUUUUUCAGAUAGUACAACAAUGGUAAUGUAUACUUGUCUUCCAUCAC